UCUUCUUACUACAUCCUCUGGUGUACAAAGAGGACAAUAGCAGUGGCGGGGAGGGUCACUGCACUAAAAGGGUGAGGCGCCCAGUGAUGGUUGGGUCGGAGACAGAAAUGCCGGGGGACUGAGCUGACUAAUGGCGAGGGCAUGGUUUGGUGAAGUCUUCUAAUUUCCACUGGCUGCAUCUGGGGCGGAUUUGAAUUAGACACUGAAGCAGAAGGAGGAAGGAGCUGGGGGACCCUGAUCCGAGCUGGGGCUAAGCAGCGUAGCGCUGCAACAUCACAGAGCUUCUCCUCCCUCGCCAGUUGUGAACCUUUCUGCUUUGCCUCCCAGUGAGCAGCCAGAAUAACCGGAUCAUCGGCGGUGCCCCCUGCACACCCCACUCCAUGCCCUGGCAGGCCGCACUCUUUGUGGGCUCCCAGCUCAACUGUGGAGGGACCCUGAUUGACAGGAACUGGGUGGUCACCGCGGCCCACUGCCACGUCCAAUGCUCCAUCAGCGUGCGCCUGGGAGAGCACAACAUCAGGCAUCUGGAUUGGACAGAGCAGCUGCGACUCUCAGAGAAAACGAUCCUCCACCCCGGCUAUAACUCUGCCAGCAAGGACAACGACAUCAUGCUCAUCAAAUUGCUCACCCCGGCUAACUUGAACAAAAAUGUCCAGCCCCUGGAGCUACCUACGAGUUGCCCCUCGCCCAAGGAGGAAUGUGUGGUGUCCGGAUGGGGAACAACAAAAAGCCCUCAAUUGUACUUCCCACCUGUUCUCCACUGUGGCAAGGUGUCCAUUUUCUCCCAGGAACAGUGCCGCAGUAUCUACCCUCGCUACUACACUGAGAACAUGCUGUGUGCUGGGGUGCUGGAAGGGGGAAUAGACUCGUGCCAGGGAGAUUCCGGGGGACCCCUACUCUGCAACGGGAAACUCCAGGGUAUUGUGUCUUGGGGGACCCAGACAUGCGCACUGCCCAACAAACCAGGUGUCUAUGUUGCCGUCUGUAAAUAUGUCGACUGGAUCCGGGAGACCAUGAACAACAACUGAUCCUCAGUCCCUCAGGAGACCACGGUAUCCCUCCCUCUCCGACCUGCGUUGCCACAUAGGGUCCAUACGGUGCCAUUGCAGGCGCAUUAACCGGAUUGUCCCUCCUGGCUCUGUGCACAGAUGUUAAAUAAUAAAUGCCCUCUGCUGCUG